AUGUGGCUGAGACUGUUUGACCUCAUUAAGAAAAGUGUAGCUUCACGCUAUAUCCGUAUGGCCUGUGAUGUUUUGAGUCCUCGUGGUGAAACAAAGCACAGUUGUAGAAGACAAUGGCUCAGUUUCUGCAAGACAAGAGAAAAACCUUCUAAAUUAGCUGUAAGUCAGUCCAAUCGCUUCAACACCUAUUUUGAGGGUGCUGCAGGCCUCAUUCACCAUCAUACUGACAUCAUCCAUUUUUUUUCAGACCCUCAUGUUUCUAGCACUUUUGACUGGCCAAAUGUCAUACAGGAAAGUGUCGCAGAUGAUGCCAAUGAUGAGGUUAUCCAGGCUCUUGUUUGUGUUAUUGCCAUUGUCUACUGCAAAAUUCUCGGCCCUUACUGGCAGCUUCUGAAGAGCAGUGCGGAGUAUGUAUACUUUCACAGAUAUGUCCACUGCCUUCACCAAAACCUCAUGCAGUGGUCUGUGGAUGCUUCACUUCUCCUCUUGCCAGUGUACUCAGACAGCAAUGUAUUCCACCAGUUUCCUCUGCAAGAAAAGAGUUUUGAUGGGGUGUUUUCAUACUGCAGUCCUGAGAACCAACACACUUCCCUAAUCAGGAAAUGUCUGGAGAAGAUGAUGGAAAAACUUGCAGUAGUUACUGAAACAAAUCUGAAGGAUUUCUUGCCAGGUGGAGUGUACUGUCAAGACCCUGCUCCAGAAACGUGUGCUAAACUGAGAACCUGCCAGCUGUCACAUUUGAUGAGUGAGUACCCAUAUGGCCACGCCUACCCCUACAAGUGUAAAAGAUCAGACAUUUCAGCUGUUCUACCAACGACCAAUUCUGCUGUUGCUUCCAAAGAUGAUUCUUCCAUUCUUAAGAGAAAUGGCAUCAUUCAUCCAAAAAAAGGACUUUGUUCUCAAGGCAAAACUCUAAGCAUUUUGGGAAAGCCAAGUGAAGAUGCAGAUCUGAAGGAAAAUGAAAACCUCCAAGAUGGCUUUACCAAGAAUUCAAUCCUUGCUUCUGUUGCUAAAAAUGGAGGACCAUGCACAAGCAAGCAAGAUGUAGACUGCUUGUUAGCCAAAAUGGAGGGCGCCAGUCAUGCUCAGAAACGGGAAGCAAUUCGGGCAACUGACUGUCCCAACCCAACGCGGUCGCUUUCCUCAGACACGAACCCUGUCUGUAUUAGUCCCUCAGUGGUGGAACUCCUCAUGGAGGUUAAGACAGCAGAAUUACUGGCCAUCUUCUGA